AUGGUGUCCCUUCGCUGGAGACGUCCCGAGACGGCCAGCUAUCCUCCCACCACCGAGGCGGCCGCGAGCGGAAGCGAGACUUCAGUCGCCUUCGUGACCGAGGGCAACCUCCAAUAUGCCGUUGAGAAAGGCCAGAACAACAGCGGGGUGUCGUAUCAAGAAGUCUCCGGAGCGCCUGUCGAAACACGGUCAACUCUCGGCUACCAUGUCGGUCCCAUCACCAUCAUUUUUCUCAACCUGUCCAAGAUGGUCGGCACCGGGGUAUACUCGACCCCGGCAUCCGUCCUCAAAGGCACCGGAAGCGUCGGGUUGGCGCUCAUCUAUUGGUUCAUCGGCUUCCUGAUGGCUGCCUCUGGUCUCGCCGUCUACCUCGAAUACGCAGCGUACUUCCCCAAUCGGUCUGGUAGCGAGGUCGUAUACCUGGAGCAGGCAUACCCCCGGCCUCGAUACCUCUUCCCAAUCACCUUUGCCAUCCAAACUGUCAUCCUGUCUUUCAGCUCGUCCAACGCCAUCGUCCUGGCCCAGUAUCUGUACCGCAUCAAUGGCCACAGCCCGACCGCCUGGGAGCUCAAAGGCGUCGCUGUCGCGGGUUACACGGUGGCAUAUCUCAUGGUGGCCUUCAACACGCGCAUCUCCUUCCACAUUUCGAACGGCAUCGGUAUCGUCAAACUGCUGACGCUGAUAUUUGUCGCCAUCACCGGCCUCGUGGUGUUGGGUGGCCACACGCGCGUUGAGCAUCCCACCGCAAACUUCCACAAUGCGUUUGAAUCAACUACUACCACCCCCUAUGGCAUCACCAACGCCCUCGUCAAGAUUGUUUUCUCGUACGCCGGGUAUGAGAAUGCUUUCAACGUGGUCAAUGAAGUCAAGAAUCCCGUCCGGGCCAUCCGAACCUCCGGCGCUAUCUCGCUGUUCAUCGUCGCGGUGCUCUACAUGCUUGCAAACAUUGCAUAUUUUGCGGCAGUGCCCAAGGAUCAGCUGGUCAAGUCGAGCCAGAUUGCAGCCAGCCUGUUCUUUGAGCGCGUCUUCGGGUCAAGCGGCGCGGUGAGGGGGCUGAACUUCCUCAUCGCCCUGAGCGCUUUCGGAAAUCUCAUCGCUGUACUUUUGGGUCAGAGUAGGUUGAUCAGGGAAUGCGGCCGUCAGGGAACUCUCCCAUUCGCAUCUUUCUGGGUUUCGACGCGGCCAUUCGGAACUCCCCUGGGACCAUACACCCUCAAAUGGGCGCUGACGCUUGUAAUGAUCCUGGCACCGCCAGCAGGAGACGCUUUCAACUUUGUUGUUGACCUGGGAAACUACCCAAGUUCCUUCUUCAUUUUCUUGAUGGCUCUAGGCAUCUAUUUCGUCCGUUACCGCCGCAGGAAGCUCGGGGUACCAGACUUGUCGUCCAAGGAAGGCGGCUUCAAGGCCUGGCACAUAGCCGUCCUCUUCACGAUCGCCGUCAACCUCUUCACGCUUAUCAUGCCAUGGUACCCGCCGGCGAGUGGAGCGACGGGCGGCGACGUCAGCUUUUGGUAUGCGACAUACGUCGUUACCGGCAUUGGAAUUCUCGUUGCUUGCUUCAUCUACUACGCCGCAUGGGUCUGGAUCUUACCCCAUUUCGGCCAGUAUAGGAUUCGACAUGAGAAGCUGGUCCUGGAGGGCGGCGAGGUCACGCAUGUGUUGGUCAAGGUCCCCUUGCAUGAGCUGGAGAUUUGGGAUCAGACGCAUGACGCAUACGGUCGCCAGGUCAACCACCAACAUACUGCUUCAAGUGAUGAAGAAGGCCACUCAUCAGAGAAACUGGCCCAUGUGGGGGAGAAGUGA